UUUAAAAGACACCCUGAAUAUCAGCAAGGUUAUCAAGGUCGCAAAAUGGAAGAAAAUGCAGCGACUUUCAAAACGAAGAAAAGAAAACAAUUUAGGAAAAGAAAGGCAUCCAGUGAGAGUGAGGAUGACUCUGAAAAAGAAGAAGAACCAAGCUCCAAUGUAAAUGAUGUGAAACUUCUCCAGAAUCUGCGUAAAAAGCAGCAUGGUGUUAGUGUCACUUCACUGAACCUGGGGAAGAAGGUCCCCAAGGUGGUGGACACAGUCUCCAAUAAUGACCCAUUCAAUCUGCAGACAGGCGGGAUGAUGGACAUGAAGGCUAUAAAAGCCAGGAGGCCCACAACAGAAGAGAUAGAAUCUAUAGGCACAGCUUUUGCUGCUGAAACUAACAGAAGAGAUGAGGAUGCUGACAUGUUGAAGUAUGUCGAAGAAGAGUUGAUGAAGAGGAAAGGUGUUGGUAAAGAUGAACCACAGGAGAGAAAAGCAAGCCAGAAUCCAAUGGAUGCACUGUAUGAUGUACCUGAGCACCUCCGCGUUGGAUUAUGGAGUAAAAACGAAGAUAUGUUGUCCAAUCAGAUGCUGUCUGGAAUUCCUGAGGUGGACUUGGGAAUAGAGGCUAAAAUAAAAAAUAUAGAAGCCACAGAGGAAGCAAAAGCACAGCUACUGAGAGAAAGAAUGAACAAGAAAGACAAUGUCUCGGAAUUUGUACCAACAAAUUAUGCAGUGAAUUUUGUACAGCACAAGAGAUUCACAUUUGAGGAAAACAAACCAGCACAAAAGGCAGUCAAGGAGGAGGCCCCCAAACCUAAACCUGUUAGAGUUGGGGAUUAUAACUCUGAAGACACUGCUUCAGACAAAUCCGGAAAGAAAAAAUCUGGAGAUGAAAAAGCCACAGAUGACUUCCAUUUUGAGAGGUUUAAGAAACAGGUUCUAAGGAGGUAAUGGCUGGACAUCUUGUGACAGCGUCAGACGAUGUGUUCCUGUGACUUUGAUGGUUAAUCAUUUCCUGAAGAAUGCAUCACACUGUUACGUGUUACAUUCAUUGUAUGCUGCUCUUUGGAGUUGAUUGGACCAAUCAAAUGCUAAGCAACAUCACAGACAGUGUUUGCAGCUUUGAAGAAAUAUUAUGGGAUGGUAUGUCUUCAGGUCUCACAAAAGUGAAGAGUUCCUACACUGGGCUGCAAAGGUGUCAUUCUCAGUCCAUUUCAAUGCCUAGUGUCCAAUUUUCAAGGCAAUUCAAGCUAUAGUGGCAUUUUUCCAUCAGUGGAUGCUGCAAAUGCUGGAGUAAAGAAAGCAUCUUACUGACAAAAUAUUGGUUGUACUUUUAAGUACGUUGAGAUGGAAAGUACUUGGUGUUUGACGACCUUUACUGGAAGUUGAUUGAGUUAUUCAGGACCAUGGGAACGAAAUUGUUAAAGAUGACAGAUUAUACAAUCUUGAAAAGCAGACACCAAAAGCGUGCAGUAGACUUUUAUUAGAACCAGAACAACUGGAAAAUGGGACUAACAAUUAGUCCUAAUUACAACACGAGUCAUCCACUGUAUGCCAC